AACAAACAAACUUGCUCUAGCUGUGCGUGCUGCACGUGUUUUAAUUUUGCAUUUUGAAUUCAAGCAAAUAACACAAAAAGUGGUAACAAAAACUGUGAACAAUGGGUAAAUUUCGUUCGAAAUUGAAGCGCCACAGCAAGGGCAAAAACUGGAGCAAGGGCCAGUCAGCCGUCUCGAAUCCGGAUCAAAUGAAGCAUCGUCUCAAAGCCAAGUCGCGUUUCUUUCAGCCAAAUUUGAAUUUGGCUGCUGCAGCUGGCACAAGCAAUAACAAUGGCCUCACCAUGGAGGCGGUGCACAAACACGAACAGCGUCUCGCAUACAACACAGAGACGACAACAGUUAGCGACGUGGCCGGUAGCCUGAAAUCCUUUCGGCUGGAUGACGCUGAUGACGAUGGCAUGUCGGGAAUGUCCGGCACACAGCCGAGCACCGUUAAAACCUUCCAGACCUUUGCGUCCAACUACAGCAGCUGCAGCAACGUGAGCUUUAAGAAGCUGCUCACUGGCUUUCGCGCCUCAUCCGAUUUGCACAAGGAGAUGCUUGCUAUACUAAGCGCACUUACCGAGAUCAUACGUGAACGUGGCGGCGGAGAGACAUCCACCGAGUACUUUCUUUUAUUGCUCAAUCAAAUUGAGGCAGCCACCGAAGAGCGCGACAUCAUUGCCGGCAUCGCUUUGCUUUCCAUGGGCAUCAAGUCGGUGCCAUGGCCUGUGCUGCGCAAGCGUUUCGAUCAAACGGCAGCCACCAUCCAGCAGUUACUGCAACGCUUUAUCGACUCCAGCAAUCAGUCUGUUAUACGCUAUUUGAUUGGCUGCAUGUCGGUGCUACUGCGUGCCCAGGAUUAUGCCACGUGGUCGUACAGCUCGACGUUCCAAUACUUUGAUGCACUGCUCGCCUUUAGCAUACACUCCCGUCCCAAGAUACGUAAGGCAGCACAACACGCUAUCGUCUCGAUCAUACAUGGCAGCUGCUUCAUGCUGCCCACCGAAACCGGACCAGACACUGAGCCGGAACCAUCGAAGAUAAAGCAUCAUCCGGCUGGGCCGCGUGUCACCAAAUUCUGUCUGUCGCAAUUUAAGCCCGAGGUGCUGGCCAAUGCCCAGACCACAGUGCUCUACACUCUGGCACUGCUGAAGGAUACGCUGGCCGGCUUUCGUACCGAGGACAUACGCAGCGUGUGCGAACAUUUGCUGUCCAUCAUGACGGCUGCCAAUGUGCUGGUGCGCACCAAUUGCUUUCAGGCAUUGCACGCACUCUUCCUCACCCGCAGCACCAAUCUGAAUGCCACGCUGUGUGCGAAGUUGUUGGCCGCCAUACAUGAGUAUCGUCCGGAUCGCAGCGAUGUGCGUCAAACACUCUCAUGGAUCACAGUGCUCAAGGAGGGUCAUGUGCAUCUGGCCACCUUGCAACUGGACUUGUGCAUACAAGCGUUGCCGCGUCUCUUUGACGUCUGCACCACAGAUCUGUGGCUAUCGGAUCGCAGCGAAUUGAUUGUCGGCGUUUCCAAUUGCAUUAAGGAGCUGCUGCAGGAUUGUGUGGCACGUGCCUGUGCCACCAAAGAGCUGGCCGAUGUGCAUCGUCAGUCGGUGACGAAGAUCAUUGGAUCGCUGCACAAGAUGCUAAAUGCACCAUUCGGCGAGAUCUCCAAAUAUGUCAUACUCAUCUUUGGCAUUGUGUUUGAGACGUGUGGCAAGCAUUUUGGCGCGGAGCUGAGCAACUCGCUGGCCACGAUUGGCAAACGUAUCGACAGCCAAGGUGCACUGCGUCUGCAGAUCGAGCACACGGUGAUUAGCGCCAUCAAGGCACUCGGUCCCGAACUUGUGCUGAAAGCGCUGCCGCUCAACGAUGGCAGCGGCGGCGUGAGCAUGGAACGCUCCUGGCUGUUGCCACUGAUGCGCGAAGGCGCCACCGGCGCCAGUCUGCAGUUCUUCUUGGAGCAUGUGAUACCGCUGGCACAACACAGUCAGGCCAAUUGGCGUAAGUUCGCCGCCGACGAGAAGAACGUGUCGAAGGCGCACAUCUACGAGCUGAUCAGUUGCCAGCUUUGGGGUCUUUUCCCCGGCUUCUGUCGUCAUCCACGUGAUCCCGAAUAUCUGCGCCAAUUGGCGCCCACAUUGGGCGAGGCACUGCAGCAUAAUCCUGAGUUUCGGGCAGCAAUCUAUGAUGGUUUAAUCGAACUGCUGGACGAGAGCCAAAGUCCAGAAUGUCAUGCGGCCAUAGCGCAAUAUGCACGCAACUUCCUGCCGCGUCUCUUCAACAUCUACAUCCAGAAGCCGAAGGGCACCUACGAGGCGGAUCUACGCAAGCGUGCUCUCGAUGUGAUACGCUUGUAUAUUGCACGCGCUCCCGCCGAUGUGCAGAAUCAGCUCUUUGAGAGCGCUCAGGAGCUAUUGGCAGGCAGCGCGGUGGCCACGUUUGAGUACGAUGCGUAUUUCGACAUCAAUGCGGCCAUUGUGUGUGUGCAAAAGUGUCGCGGCAUCGAAGCCUACUUCGAGAAGUAUAUGGCGCCCGUGUUGCGCAACGACAAGUCCAAGCUGGUGUCCCGCGACGAGCAGAAACUGAAGAAGCAGCAGCGCAAGACUUACGAAUUGCUGCGUGAGCUGAUGACUUCGGAGCAGGCAUCGUGCCAGAAAUUCACACGCAAGAAUUGCCUGCAGCUGCAGCAGAUUCUGCUCGAGGCCUUCGAUACCACAUGCAACGUCUGCCAGGCGUCGCGUUUGCAUUGCCUUAAAUCGCUGCUCGAUUGCCGCACCAACCUCAAGUACAACGAUCAGCUGGUGAUGAAGGCUAUACCAGAGGCUGUGCUCAACUACAAGGACUUCUCCACACGCAAGGAGCAGGUGGCCGAGCAGCUGAUCAAAUUGAUUGUCAAUCUGUAUCAGGAGGCGGGCAAAAUUAAUGAAUUCGUGGACAUUCUAAUCGCUGGCUUCACCGGCGACGAAUCCCUAUCGACAAACACAAUUCUCGCCUUCCGUGCGGUUCUGCAGCAGCAAGGACAACAUCUCACAGUGAGCACUUUGGAGUUUGUGCUACAACAGGUGUCGGUGUUUCUGGUGCAAAAGUCCAGGCAUCAGGCGGAGGCUGCCGUUGCCUUCCUUAUCACAUUCAUCAAGGUGAUGCCCAUACCGCUGGUUGCUAAUCAUCUCGAAACGAUUAUGCGCGCUUUGUCCGCCAUGACGAAGGACACGAAGCGCUAUUGUCGCAUACAGAUUGGUUAUUUCCUGAAGAAGCUCUGCAAACGCUUUAGCACCGAGGAGCUGGCACGUUUUGUGCCUGGUGAUGAUGAAGUCACACAUCGUCGUCUCAAAAAGAUACGCAAGCAAAUGCGUCGUGAUACGCGCAAGAAGCAAAAUGAGGAGGCGCAAGCUGAGAGUUCUGAUGAGGAGCAACUCAUUGGUGGCGAAUUGGAGCCAAAGAGUUAUACCAUUGAUGAUAUUUUGGCCGACUCGGACUCGGAUCUGCCCGAGGACAUGGACACAGAGGAGGGCGCUGCGACGUCUAGCAAAUCCAAAAACAAGACUAAGUCCAAGCAGGCACGCAGCACUUACAUACGCGAGGACGAAGAUGAAAUUGUCGAUUUGGCCGAUCUCAAGUCCAUUGGCAAUGUGCUGACGAGUGGUUCGUCGGCCGCAGCUGUGAGCAGUAAACUGGCCAAGGCCAAGAAACCACAAUUGGCCAAUGGUGGCUUCAAGACCGCCGACGAUGGCCGUCUGAUCAUCAGCGACAAGGCGCUGCGUGGCCAAGGCACGGCUGACGACGACGAUGAUGAUGGCUCCGACAGCGAUGAUUCGUCUGCGGAUAGCGGUCAUGUGGCCGGUGCCGCUGGCAAUCCCAAGCGUGGCAUGGAAGAUGAUUCCAGCGAUGAGGAGGAACUGCAACAGGCGACAACAGCGAAGCGUAAGCGCAAGGCAACCAGCGAUGCCAUGAGCAUGCGCUCCGGCGUCACCAGCGCCAGCACACGCAAGGGUAUCCAUCGUCCGCUUGGCGGUGGCGGCAAGUCUAGCGAUGCCAUGUCUGUGAAGUCCGGCGUAAGUCGCGUGGCUGGCAGCGAAUACAGCACCAAGAAGGCCAAGGGUGACAUGAAGAAGAGCGGCAAACUAGAUCCCUAUGCCUACAUACCGCUCACUCGCAACACGCUCAACAAACGCAAACGCGCCAUGAAUUCACGCAAAUUCAAAAGCGCAGUGCGUGGCGCUGGCGGAGGAGGAGAUGAAGGGGGAGCUACUGGAGGCGGAGCAGGAGGCAGGGGAAAAGCCCGUGGAGGCGGACGUGUUGGCAAGAGCUACAAAUAGGGCGAAUGCAUCAUAAAGAUAACUCGUAACUUAACUCUUGCAUAACACAAACACACACAAAUUGCUGUUAUUUCGCUUAAAUAAUAUAAAAACAAAAUAUAUAUAUAAUCCUCUUAUACGAGCAUGUUGUGUAGAUAUGUCUGAUAUUUAAACAGCUGAGCAUGAUACGAAUAUUAUGCUAGCAUCAUUUUUAUGGAACACUUUUGACAGCUUUUCGAGAGAGUUGUGGCAAAUCUUACUAUGAAUGAAUCCACAUGAAUAUGUUUUUUUUUAUAUACAAUUGUAUUUUAUUUCAAUGAGAAAUAAA